AUGUCUCCCGGCGGCCCUGGAAAUCUCCAGGCGCCGUCCGCCUUCUACAGCUUCUCGCCGUUGAUGGACUCGCUCUCUAAUGGCCUUGCAGGAAACAUCCACCAGAAGGGUAGCAGGUUGCCCACCAUUCAGCCUGCGUCGCCGCCGACCAAAGGCGCGCCGCACGCUUCCACGCCUCCCAAUCGGCCUGCAUUCUUCCCCGUGCCGAGGGGCAAUCCACAUGCGACAUUCACUGCAAGCUCCGGCUCCUCUACCACCGAAUCAUUUUCCGAAGUGACGUCGUCAUCGUCGUCGCGGGACUCGCUACCCACUCCCCAAGGGCGCAACGGCCCGACCACGCCCCAGAAACAGGCGCGCAACAACCGGCGGAAGCAGUCGAACAAGUCGAGCGGCAGAUGGAGUAGGGGAGGAGGCUCUUCAGAUGACACCGGGUCCGACCGCAAACCCCCCACGUCUCAGCCAGCAGCAGAGUCCGCGCAGAGCGCCGCUCCGUCUCCCCAGAGUGCGUCUAAGACACGCCAACAUUCUCAUAUUGCUACACACAGCCCAUCGACAAACCAGACGCGAUUCAUGGCAACAGCCUUUGGAGGUCCCUCGGGAGAUUCGCGAAGGGGAGUAGUCUCUCCUCGCCCCAAGGGUCGCGAAGCGAAGAACACUCUCUGCCGCAAUGUCACCAUUUAUGGGCACUGCCGGUACGAGAACACAUGUCCCUAUAUCCACGACAACCUCAAAUUGAACCAGAAUGAGAACACCAAGAAGAGGUUCAAUGUUGACUCGCCGUCUUUCACUCCCUUGCAGGCAAACACUAAUGGAUCCGUGACCCCCUCUUCUCGCGGUGCUGCCAUCUCCCCAAAAGCAGCCAAUGCUGCCGUCUUCACACCCAAAUCGCAACGCUCUACCGUCACCACUCCGCGUGUGCAUGCAAAAGAGCCUGCAAUUGAUUGGCAUUCGCAGGACUUUCAAGAAUUCGUUCCGCAGUCCUUUGAGGGUCAGCAGAUGGUCGAUCCUAAUCUUGGCUACGACCCGUUUAGUACGCCUACCAACAUGCCAACAUUGGCUGGUCCUAGCCACCAAGCUGCUGCCAUGAACCCUUAUGCGCAAGACGCUUCGGCGACGUACUUUCAGAACGCCAAUGCUUUCCAGAACCCAGCUUAUCACUUGUACUGGCCGGUGGGGCCGCAGCCUACUGGCCUGCUCGCUUACCAGCGUACUGCUCAUGACUUUUUUAUACCCGAUGCGCUGCGGGAAGAGUUGCAAAAGAAGGCAGAGGUCGCGCGCCAAAUUGCGCCAAACAGCACUCUGCCUGUCAUUGAGCAGUUUCACUCAUUGUUUUGCUUAGACAUGUCACCACAGAAAAACACGCAACCCUUUGGCUAUGCUAGCUGGAUAUACAGAGCCGUCUCCAGCAAAGAUGGCAAGACAUACGCGCUGCGCCGCCUAGAAAACUUUCGCCUGACAAGCGAGACGGCCAUUCGCUCCGCUCAGCCGUGGAAACGUGUACUAAACGGCAAUGUCGUCACUAUCCAUGAGGCGUUUACCACUCGCGCUUUUGGUGACAGCUCUUUAAUCCUCGUCACAGACUACCAUCCAAACUCCAAGUCACUUGCCGAUGAACACUUCAAACCAGUUCAACGAUUCCAUGGUAGGCAACCAACAUCAUCGCAUGUACCGGAGCAGGUCUUGUGGGGCUAUACUGUCCAAAUUGCGUCUGCAUUGAAAGCCAUACAUGGAUCGGGACUGGCUGCAAGAUUGAUAACGCCAUCGAAGAUACUGCUCACUUCGAAGAACCGGAUACGACUGAACGCAUGCGGCAUCAUGGAUAUUGUCCAGUAUGACAAUGCUCGCUCUGUGCAGGAUCUUCAGGCAGACGACUUUGUUCAACUUGGACGGUUGAUACUUUGCAUUGCCAACAACAACCCCACAGCUCAUUUGCAGAUGCAAAAAUCCAUGGACUAUAUCACACGCAGUUAUACAGCCCGCCUCAAAGAAUGUGUCCAGUGGCUGCUCAACCCCCAGCCACCACCCGGGGUGCCGUCAUCUCCCACUUCGCCGGCGCCUUUGCAAAAGGAUAUCGACACUUUCUUGGGUGGUAUCGCUGAUCAGUUUGCAUCAGUCUUUGACAGUGAGCUACAUGCUCAAGACACGCUGACAGUCACUCUUGGAAAAGAGCUGGAAUCGUCCAGAUUGGUUCGCCUGCUUAUCAAGCUCAACAUGAUCAACGAGCGUCCAGAGUUGGAUGCAUCCCAAAGUAUGGCAGGGAACAGUGGCACAAACCCAUCGUCAGUAUGGGCGGAAACCGGAGAACGCUACUACCUCAAGCUCUUCCGCGAUUACGUUUUCCAUCAAGUAGACGCAAAUGGACACCCGGUCACGGACCUGGCCCACAUUCUAGACUGCCUAAACAAACUAGACGCUGGUACAGAUGAGAAGAUAGGGCUGGUGAGCAGAGACGAGCAGAAUGUGCUCAUUGUCAGCUACCGAGAAGUAAAGCGAGCACUGGAGUCGUCAUUCCAGGAUUUGGUACGGGCGGGACGGAAGUAG